AGUACUCAUACGCUCCAGCCGCUUGACAUUAUUAUGUUUUCUCCACUUGCAGCUUCGUACAAAGCAGAGCUUACGGCACUUAUAGAUAGAGAUCAAGGCCUCAUAUCUAUCACAAAACGUAACUUCUUUACACUCUUCUAUACUGCCUGGUCCUCCUCCUUUAAGAAUCCUACACUUGUAUGCAAAGCUUUCGAAACAACUGGCAUCAGCCCGCUCAACCCUAACGCGAUACUCAAGCGCUUUAAACCACCACUAGAGAGCGUACGGCCUAGUUCAAGCAGCUCCUCAUCAUCAGUACUUAGCGCUUCAGAUUGGAGAAAGAUUGAACGAUUACUCCAGCAAGCAGUAGACAAUUUGCAAGACUCUAACACAAAGAAGCUCAGCUGUACGAUCCAUACAAUUUCAGUAAAGAACACACUGCUACAACAUGAGAUCAAUCAACUCAGAGAGGCUCUAGUCAAUGAGCAGAAGCGUAGGCAGCAUGGCAAGGCCCUGCUACUUGAGGCACCACCUGAAUACAAUGGUGGAGCAGUCUUCUGGUCACCUCAAAAAGUGAGUGACAUGUGGCUUCAUCAGGAACAGAAGGACCGGGAUAAUCAGCUUGUACAACAUCAGAAAAGUAUGGUGUCAGAUUUGAUGGUAUCUGAAGAUGUCACGGUGACAGAAAGAUUGAAGAUGGGUUGA